AGCAGUGUUGAAAUCUACAUUCAUCGGUGGUAAGCUAGGGUCUCUGGCCCUGUCGAUUUGAUUUUUGUGGAAUAUUGACAUUUUUCAUUCCCAUAAAUAAUUGUGAUGUGAUAUUUCCCCGAUUUUCGCCGUAUUUGCCAUAUCUCUUUUGGCAGGUACGUGCCGGGGGGAUGGGGUCCUCUGGGCCCCCUCAGGCCGUACCUAGUGGACAUAGGCGCUAUACGAAAGACAAUACUGUAAUAAUUGAUGUUGUAGACAACAAAUCGUUGAAAGCCUACAAAGUAAUUGAUGUGAUAACUGAACUGUGCGGCGAAGGUUCGGUAUUUGCAUGCGUCCCGAAGUCCGGGAAUUUGUUCGAGGUCACCCUAGAGGGUAGAGCGGGGAUCAACAUAUUACUGGACGGUGUUUUGAUUGACGGAAAAAGGUACGAAUGUCAUGAUAUCACUAAGAAGUUCACGCUGGUUAGUUUUCUACAUCUUCCAGCAUAUAUCAGUGAUGAUGAAAUAAAAGAAAAACUUGAAAUUCUUGGUGUUGAUUUAGUAUCCCCAAUAAAACGACGUUUCUACAAAGGAACAAGUGUAGCGGAUGGAACAAGAUAUGUACGUGUAAAGCUACCCCCUAGUUUGAAAUCAUUGCCAUACACUAUGAAGUUUGGCAAGGAAUAUCAUCGUGUAAUACAUGACAAUCAGUUAAAAGUGUGCUCACUGUGCUAUUCUGAUCAACACCUUUUCAAAGACUGUCCCCAGUUUGUUUGUUUUACAUGUGGUGGUCAAGGACACUUCCGAAAAACCUGUAAAACGCAGCCGUGUACUCGCUGUGGCGAGGUGAGGUAUGCAUGUGAUUGUGUGCGUGCAGCCAGGUGUAUCGAUACACUGUGUGACCGAUGCGGUGUGUAUAACUGCAGGUGUUUUGACACGGAGGCCAAUCGUGACGACAGUGAAUUGGUCGGUGAGGAGGAGUCGGCAGACGACUGGGUUGAGACGGAAGGGAAGGGACCCUCUGAUGACUGUGUCAGUGUUGCUGCUGAGGCUGAUAAUGAAGAUGCUGAUAUGGUGAUGGAUUCCAGAAGUGAAGACGGUGGUAUGGCUCCUGUGGUGGAGAUUAGCAGCGCUGUUGAUGAGGAACACACCUGUGAGAAUCUCGAAGUUAGUUUGACUGCUGAGUCAUUAACUGAUGAUGAUGAUGAGGAUGAUGUUAGCGAUGAUGAUGAUAGUGAAGAAGGAAACUACGCGGAAGGUAUUUGGAGUCAGACAGACGUCAUUUUGAGUGAUGAGAGGCCGAACGUUUGUGGUUCUCCUGUAUACGGCGAUGUUUUUCCUCUCCAAGGUCAUGGUCUCAAAGACAGCUGACUCUACAUGGAAG